GUUGCUAGUUCCCUAAAACCAACCUCAACACUCAGUACAUUCUCGUGACAUUGUAUCUAUAUCUAUACAUUGUAUUCAUAUAUAUAUAUAUAACUCCUUGUUUUUGCAAAUCGUGAAUACGAUGGGGAGAAUUUUAAUGCAGUAUUUGGCUUCGAAAACGGAACCUGUCGUAGCUAGUUUAAUAGAUUCUGAUUUGAAUGAACUCAAAUUUGCAGCAAAGAAACUUUUCAAUGAUGCAACUAUGUUUGGAGGCAUAGGAGCUGGCGUGUCUCCCCUUAGAUGGAUCGCUUCCUUUGCUGCUAUUUAUUUACUGGUUCUGGAUCGCACAAACUGGAGAAGCAAUAUGCUGACUUCAUCAUUAGUGCCUUACAUAUUCUUCAGCUUACCUGGUUCUUUGUUUCACUUUUUCCGAGGAGAAGUUGGAAAAUGGAUUGCGUUCGUGUUGAGACUUUUCUUCAACAAACAUUUUCCAGAUUGGAUGGAGAUGCCAGGAUCAAUGAUUCUUCUAGUGGUAGUAUCCCCAGACUUGUUUGCUCUAAAGUUUAGGAAUAAUUGGGUUGGAGUGGCAAUUGAUCUUUUAAUUGGUUGUUACUUGCUACAAGAACAUGUGAGAGCUACAGGUGGAUUCAGAAAUUCUUUCACACAAAGACAUGGAAUAUCUAACACUCUUGGCAUCAUCUUCCUCAUAGUUUACCCUAUUUGGGCAUUGUUUAUCCAUUAAUUAUAAAUGCAUUAUUAUACCAUAUAGUAUACUACUAUAACAGGAAAAUAAGGUGAAAAAAUCUUAGUGUAGCUGAACUUCACUAUUUUGUUUUUUACAAUAUGUUAAUGCAGAGUUUAUUGUAAUUUCGUCCUCAAAGUUAUAUAUAAUAGAGAACAUAAUUG